CGCCAAAAGAAUACCUUGUUCAUAUAAAGUAAGCACUCUCUUCCAUCUUAUACAAACUUGGAGUAACUCAUUUGCGCCAAACACUGAAAAAAGAAGAGAGAAAAAACUCCAUUUUAGCAUAGAAAUGGCGAGUAAUGUGAGAGAGAAGUGGAAAAAGAAAUGUGAAGUUGGUGCAGAGAAGGUGAAAAGGGUUCCAAGUUUUGUGGGGCGAGAGAUUUGGAAAGUUGGGAGAGACGAUCCUCGAAGAGUAAUUCAUGCAUUAAAAGUUGGAUUUUCAUUGACUUUAGUGUCUUUGUUGUAUUUGCUUGAGCCUUUAUUUGAAGGUAUCGGCCAAAGUGCUAUAUGGGCCGUCAUGACUGUUGUUGUUGUUCUUGAGUUCACCGCAGGGGCAACUUUGUGCAAAGGACUGAAUAGAGGAUUAGGGACACUAACAGCAGGAUUGUUAGCAUUUGCUAUUGAGUAUAUUGCACAAGAAACUGGCCAUGUCUUUCGAGCUAUUUGCAUAGGAGCUGCCGUUUGUGUUAUAGGGGCUGCAGCAACAUAUAUAAGGUUUUUUCCGUAUGUGAAGAAGAAUUAUGAAUAUGGAGUUGUGAUAUUCCUCUUGACAUUUAAUUUGAUAACAGUGUCCAGUUUCCGAGUCACCAAUGUACUGAAGAUUGCGCACGAACGAAUUUACACGAUUGCCAUCGGUUGUGGUGUUUGCCUCUUAAUGAGUCUUCUCGUAUUUCCAAUUUGGUCGGGAGAGGAUCUCCAUAAUUCUACCAUCUCCAAGCUUGAAGGUCUUGCUAAAUCUAUAGAAGCUUGCGUAAAUGAAUAUUUUAGCGAUGUUAAGAAAGAAGCUACACAAGAUAAGUUAUCUGAGGAUCCCAUUUAUAAAGGUUACAAACAAGUUUUAGAUUCAAAAUCACAAGAUGAAACUUUGGCAUUACAUGCGAGUUGGGAGCCUAGGCACUCCAGGUAUAGCAGAUGUCCUUGGCAGCAAUAUGUGAAAAUAGGAGCGGUUCUUCGCCAUUUCAGUUAUACUGUUGUAGCUCUACAUGGAUGCUUGCAAACAGAAAUUCAGACUCCAAGAUCUUGCCGUGCCCUCUUCAAAGAUCCAUGCAUAAGAGUAGCAAAUGAAGUAUCAAAAGCACUAAUGGAGCUCGCCAACAGCAUCAGAAACCACCGCCAUUGCUCUCCAGAGAUACUCUCCGAUCAUCUCCACGAAGCAUUACAAGACCUCAACGCAGCAAUCAAAUCACAGCCGAGGCUUUUUCUAGGCUCCAACAGCAACCAAGCUACCAACAUGCUAGCAGUAGCAGCAGUACACGCAAGACAAAAGCAAGAAAAAGAUAACAAUAACAACGACGGAACUCGAGCGUCGUUAUCGAGCGUAAAGACGGAUAGUUCCGCAUUGCUCGAGUGGAAAUGGAAAAGGAAUAACGAGCAGAAAGAAUCCGAAAGGAAAGUACUAAGGCCGCAGCUGAGUAAAAUCGCGAUAACGAGCUUAGAAUUCUCCGAAGCGCUUCCAUUCGCUGCAUUCGCGUCGUUGCUGGUGGAGACUGUGGCAAGGCUUGAUAAUAUGAUUGAAGAAGUUGAAGAACUUGGAAGGAUUGCUAGCUUUAAAGAGUUUAAAGCUGGUGAUGAUGAGAUUAUAAUGGUCAAUUGUGAGACACCUAAGGUAAAUGUUGCUCAGAAUCAUUUGUCUACUUCUGAUGGGGCUGAGUGACUAAUUUUUAUUAAUAGUCCAUUAUGUGAUUUCAUGUAAUUUUCUGAUGGCUUUUAAUUAUAUUAUUAUCCAUAUAAAUCAAUUAUAUAUGAGAUGUGGUUUACAUGA